AUGUGGAUCGAUACACCAGCCAACCUUAGCACUUCUUCACAACACGAACAAAGCGUAGCCCAAAAACUCAAUGUAUUCUUGGACACAUUCGACGAGGCAUAUCGGGAGGUUGUCGCUCAGGCAGAGCUGGAGCAGACGGAAAUGUCAAUCGAAAGGAUCUAUAGCGAUUGCUCCGAGGUCAUGAUCACCCUAUUCAACUCCAUUGAAAGAGAGUUUUGUCUGAAGAAAGCUGAUCAGGCGAAUUGUAUGCAGGAACCGUUGAACAAGUCACUUGUGUUGAUCAGUCUUAUCCUGAAGGAGGAAAAGUAUCGACGUCAAGCGGUAGAGGCACCCGACUUUAUUUCUCGGCUGCUGGCAUUGCUGGAGAAACCAGGAUCCCCAGAGAGUAAGGUUCUACUCCUCCGCAUCGUUGCAACCAUCGGCGAGAGUGACCGCAACAAGAUUGAAAUUGCCAAGCUAGAAGGGUACAAGAAGAUUUUGCGGUUGUUGAUCGCGGACAACCCAGAGCUCACGCAGGAAGUCGUCCGGACCGUCAACCACCUUCUAGAGUUCAAUGAUGACCAUCCCGACGUUGCAGAUUUGGCGCUUGUCACACCAGGACCAGCAACACCCAUCUCCAGCCCCUUGCUAUCGCCUCUAGCCAGGGCUCCAGUCACGGCCUUCGGCUUCAGCCCAAAGUCAAUCCUCUCUCGCUCCUCUGUCCAAUUGGCACGUCCAAUUCAGCAGCUUUCUCAGCAUUCAUCCCUCCCUCCCCGUCCAAAAUCAUUAAUCAUGGACCGACAUCUUUCAAGAGGAUCCUCACCUUUCGACUCUCCGCGCCGACAAAGCAAUGCCUCCUCGUUUAAAACCAUGACUAGCAUAGACCGGGUUUCGCAGGCGAUUAGCGAAGUCAGAGGGAUCUUUGUUCAGGAACUCGGAAAGAUAUUCCCACAGCUCAAGGAUCAGGAUGGCCUAGGUAUUCUGGGCAUGGGGCACGAUGAGACCGGAACGACAAACACGGAGCGACACUAUAUACCCAACGAGGAGCAAAUCCAGUUCACAAUUGCGUAUUAUUCCCAACUUGUCGGACAGGAUGGCGCAGACUUUGAGAAGGAAGGCUCACCGGAACUAAAAGAGCCAUCACAACCUCCAGAACCCCCGGAGUCUCCGGAGCCGCCCACUUUGACAACACACCCGACACUCCUACAGCUACCCGACCCGACUAGCAAAGGAUCAGGACCUGCAUCAGGCGGAUCGUCAAAGCUGGAGAAACGGAUUUCGCUGAAGAAGAUGAUGUCCAACCCGGAUUUUCGCGUCGCAAUGAGGCCGGCACUCGAAGCUCGUCGUAAUUCGGAUGAAAGGAUCUACUCGGAGGUGUCAAAGGCGACUAGAGGAGCGGCGGUUGAGCUGGCGCAGGAAGAAGAGUAUAUGAGAAAGAGUCAGCCCGAUAACGUCCUCAAGGAGUUUAUGCGGACACAAGGCGCGUUGCGGUCGCUGAUGACCAUCCUUGGUGACAGCUCUUCGGCUCAACAAAACGUCAGCAUCUCCAAAAAGGCGGCAAAACACUCAAUAUCAACAGGAACUCGGCUAGCGACCAAAAUCGACAUCAUGGAGACGGUAUGCAAGGUCCUGUUUCAGAACUCGGCAAACCAGCUGGAAUUCAGAUUGAUGGAUGGUUUUUCGACACUUCUCAAGGUCUUUGACGAGAUCGUGGUCCCAAGCGGAGGUACAAAACCAACUGAGUCCGAGUCUACACCAGUUGUCCAGGAGCCCUCAAGCAUAGAAUCUUUGGCAGCAGAAUCCAGACGGAGAGAGUUGUCGGGCAUUGCGGAGUCAUCAUUUUCUGGAUCGGUUCCUAUGAUGGCGGGCGGGACGAGCAAGAGGUCUCUUCUGUUGAAGUCGCUGUUGGCCGUUUUCUUUGACCUCGCCUUGGACGGAUCAGCAAGAGACAUGGUACAAAACACGGAUGCCUUCCACUUUCUCUUUAGACUCAUGCUGGAGUCCAAGCAACUCGACAUUCGCCAGCAGGCUUUGUACUCGAUCCAGGACCUGAUUUCCCUCAACGCUCUGAAUGCAGUGGCAGCGUGGCGGUGUGGGGAAAUUGAUGGCGUAAUUGGGUUGCUUCGGGAAGCCCUCGUUGUUAGACCAACCAGUGGGACGUUGCGGGGAGCACAGUGGGAACUGGGUCGUCGGUUAGGGCUGGACAUGCAACAUGCCAAUGCCAAAAGCGUAGUAUUUACUGGAUUGACAUACUUUGACAGUUUUGUGGUGUCAGAGGAUACGGCCGUCCUAGCGGAGACUAUCGAGAAUGGAUCGCCGGUCUACCAGUACGCGAUUGCAGUCACGAGGUUGCUGGAGUACAUGUCUGUGAUGCUGAUCCAGGACAACGCUUACAUCCUCUAUGAAAUGUCGCGGUUGCUGAUGGAGGUCAGCUUCCCUGACGACUCGUCCAUCAUGAUCAACAUCGUGCUCCGGUCUGUUGGCAGGAUCGUGGCCGACAUGGUCGCAAGAGGCGUGCCGGUCGAGGAGAAGUUUGCCAGCAUAUACCAACAGAUCGUUCGUCGGAUGCUUGAUAGCCAACGGAAGAGCACCUCGCUACCACCAGGAAGUCACAACGACGAGCAGGAGCAGGAGCUGAGGGACUGUGUUCACACCGAGCAAAGACUCUUGACACUACACACUCUCGGCCUGGUUUUGAAGGGCAUGAGCAACAGCGUGGUUGUGUUUGACCAUUUGCAGGGAUUCGAGACGCUGACGAGCGCGAUUCUUUUGGAGAAGCGAUCCUGUCGUCAUGGCCACAACUCGACAGAGAUCGCUACGACGUACGCAGCAUCAUUAGCGAACUCCAACCUCUGCCAAGACUGUUUCCGUUCCGACAUUGUGAUCUCAGACCUUGCGCUUUGGCUGUUCCGCGAGUUGGUUCUUCAGGACAUCGACCACAGCUCAGUCGUUACCUGGAUCAUCACCUUGCUUAAGUCGACACUCUCUGGCAUUGAAGAGCUGCGAAGGCAGAGCGAGGCGACAAAGUUCACAAGCAAGUACAACCAGACCUUUCUUCAAGUGCAACCGGAACUACAGCUGGAUCAGGCGCACGCAUUGCUGGCCUACCUGUACACUAAGAUCUGCGCGACUGUCUCGCUCGUCUUUCGGAAGAGUGGCGACACCAAGCUUGCUUUUGGCGAAGCCUGUGGCAUGCAAAUUAUUUUGAGUGUUCUGAGCAGCGCCCAACACCCGGAUAUCGCCACGGCAGCCUUGGUCGCCAUCGGUGACUUUUUUGCUGGAUAUGAGGGGACGAAGGCUUUGCUCGGCGAUAGUUUUGGAUAUGACGGAUUCCUUGAGAUCGUUCUGGACUCUUGCCGCCCUCUUGACAAGGUGUGCUGUGAGAUUGUACUGGAAGUCGCUACAGUCGGGAAUGUCAUGUCAGCAAAGUCGCGCCCACACGUGGAAUCAGACAGCUCGAUUUACUGCACGGAAAUCUGGCCAUUCAUUGCAGGACUCUUGGACCCUCAGAUGCUAUUCCAUGCCGCUCUUCCUUUCACGAGCCCUCGAAAGGUCGGCGAGAGAAACUCGUUUAGGGUUCCAACAUCUCCACCACCCCACCUAAGGACUGACCGCCAGGGAGCAUCGUUGGCCUAUCAGACGAAUGGACGCGGUACCCCCUCACGACCCAGCAGCGUCUACCUGGAGGAGAAUACCGAAUUUUCGGCCACGGGAAUCCCCACCGUUCCUUCGCCUGCCCUGGGCUCUUCCACCGCCUCAUCAACUGUUUCCGGCAACACUGGAGCCACAUCGAGUAGCAACAAUCGUUACAGCAUUUUUGGAAUCUCGCCUUGGUCAAGUGCCGCCCCACCUCACAUCUCAGUGUCCUCUGCCCAGGAGCAGACUGAGGGCACGGGAUAUAUACCCCAAUUGAUAGAACCAUUCGAUCCUUCUGACGAUGGCUCGUCUCGCAGGGGGAGCAUGCACCUUCAGCGCAACGGCAACUCGACGACGUCACUCUCCGGCCAUGAGGGCUACAUUGGCGAAUACAGCCCAUCCGGACCUAUGGCUUCUCCCAGUAACCCACCCAGUCAACCAGCCAAGGGCAAAGGCGGUGUCACCAAUCGCAAGCGGAGUAACUCUCGUAAUCUUGGUGGCUUUGGAUUGAACACGACCAACCUGGGGUUCCAGUCUGUGAUUCCUUCGGAGAGACUUGCGUUCAAGCAACUUGCAGGAAUCGUGUUUCGAGAUGCGGAUGCAGCCAGGAUGACGCUACGCCUCCUUGAUCGGAUCGUCGAGUGUAAUAACCCAAAGCUGGCGACUGACUACUUCAACCUUUUGAUGCUGCUCAUGGAGGUCACCCCGAGGAACAAGGAGCUGCUCGGGAGCAACCAUGGUCUUCGGUUCAUGCUUCAGAUGCUGUUCAGGAGAGGUCGGCAGCAGCACGGUCUCGGGAUGAACCCGCCUGGAUACCCAUACCUUCCUAGGGCUACAGAUCCACCAUACGUCGACCUUGUCCCGGCCUUGGGUGCUUACGACAUUUCCGUCGAGGAUGUUCGGUUGCUCUUUGAUGCCGUUUACGAUCCUUUGGACAUAUUCUUCCGCUUGACUGCCGACUCCGCCCAGAUCGUGUCGACCCGUUCAGGCGCCAUGCGUGACUCGUUGGGACCUCUUCCAGAGUUGCCGACGACCUUUGAGAAGUCAUCUGGAUCUAGGAGGAACUCUUCUGGCCGGCCGCGCUCAGAAUCCGCAGGCGCUGUGACACCGUAUACAGGCAGGAGACCAGGUGGAAGGCUCCAGGGUACAGGGGCAAGCACUUUUACCGGCAUCCAGUUCAACCCAUUGUUCAUUGGAGAGAUGGAACAGCAAAUGAUGUACGCGAUCGAGAAGAUUUCGGAGAGGGUCGACCCGCCAGCCUACUUCAACUUCAACGGAAUCAACGCCAGUCUGACAACACAUCCAGGAACGGUCGAGAAGGCCGUGGCGGCCAAGGGUGGAUACACCGUGAGCGUGUGGGUCAAAGUAACGGCGUUCCUCGAGAAAGAGACGGGUCUUUUUUGCUACGAAGAGGAAAACGGCAGCAGGACCAUCUUUGAGCUCUACUUCAAGUCGCUGGAUCAGUCGAACCGAUACUGUCUCUGCGUACGAACACAGCACUUCCCGUCGCCUCCGGAGGACUUUGUGUUUGAUCGCUUCGAUUUUGCAGAGACAGGUAUCUGGCACCACGUCGUCUUCGUUCACCACAAGACGAUGAAGCUGAUGGUCGAUGGCUGCGUGAUUCAAUCGUACGGGACCUUCAACCAGCGCCGGCAAGACAAAGACGGAGGAAUGAUUGGCGUCCUUGGCAGGAAGGGACGUAACAGCAUGUCAACUUUUAUACCCAGUUCUCCAGCGCUCAACGACGGCAACUCGUCCACAAUGUCAUCGGGCGUUACUCAUCCUUACGAAAUUGCUCAGCAUUCGGCACCUAUCACCUCCGCAUCCUCGGUCUCCUCGGGUACCCAAAACCAGCAGACUCAGCAACAACAGUCGACCCAGCACGGAAGCACACAGGAACCGUCGCUCGGAUUCUUUUGCGGGCAAGCAGGGAAAGUCCACUUCCUUCAUGGGGAAUGGGACCAGGCGACUGCCGAAAAGGUGUACAACUUGGGACCCGCCUCGACCGAUUCUUGGAGGUCUCACGACAUCAAGACCCCUGUCAUCGCCGUCCUGGACCCGGAAGAGUUUAAGAGCGAUCUGGAAGGCUCCGCUUCCGGAACAAGCGACAUUUCUAGUGCUAGCCUUGGAUCUACAACAGGUGGCCAGAAGAGAAAUCUUGUGCACGGUGUCAUCCAGGGUGGUAUCACCAUCCACAAGACCUGCGCGAUGAGGAACCUAAUCGGUCAAGUAGGAGGAAUCCAGCUGUGUUUCCGGUUCCUGGAGAUGAGUCCGUCGCACCUGCAGCUCGUUGGGCUCCGCGUCAUUUCUAACUUGCUCUACAAGUCUCCCGAGAACAUUUCGCAGUUCCAGAACGAGCUGGAUGGCUAUGAGUUGAUGUACGAGCUGUUGAGCAACACCGCUUCGGAACUCUCGAUCGACCACUUUGGCGUCCUGUUCGACAUUGCGAUCAACGGCAUGAUCAAGGAUGAACACCUCAUUCUCUCAAGCAUGCCCUGUGUCCAACUGAUCCUCCGACUGUUGCCUGGCACCGUUGACUCUGUCCAGAGCUACAUUCUCCGCACGUUGGUGGAUCUGUUGGUCGAGUCACCCGAGAACAUGCGGCUCUGGAGGGCGUCGUUCGGGAUGACCACGCUUUUCCAGCUGUUCAGGACCCUCCCAGCACACCUUCGACCUUUUUUGAUGUGGACCCUGGAAUCCAUGAUGGACGGGAUGUCUGUUCAGGAACUGGGCUUGCUGAUUGGGUUCAUUGGGCAUGAGGAUCUUGAUCUUUUUGAAGUCCGUAGGGACAUCAUUGAGAUGCUCUUCAAGCGCAUGACGACGGACCACUUCCUUGUGGACCUGUUGGGCUCAGGCUUGGAGGGAGUGACGGUUAUGAUCGGACUGCUGGACUCGCCCAACGAACAUUUCCGCAUUCUGGUCCUGAAGAUGAUCGGUAUUCUGUUGAGCGACAACACCAAGUCCGGCAAGGCUGCUCUGGACAAGCCCAAUAUUGGAAUCGGCCUGAUCCGGUCUACCCUGGAAAAGUACCCGCUUUCGAUGGAUGUCAUCCAAGUCCUGCUGGGUCUUGCCCAGAACUGCUACCGCUGCGAUCCCAACUUUCGUUUGCAGGAGAAGGGGUCAACCGCAGGUGGGAGAAAAUCGGGAGACAGGAAGAGCAACGUCAGUCAGCGGCCGCCCAUCGUCAUUACGCCGAUGAGUCCUGUUACGCCCAUCACCCCUGGCCAAUCCUUGCCCUCGCCCAGUUUUGAGGCAACACCCGACAGCGUCCUCUCGUCGACACCCGCCAGUUCUGACAUCAACGGAUCAUGGUCGGCGUCUCUAGAAUCUCCAACAUUGUCGAAGGUGGAGACAGGACGACCUGCCGCAAAGAAACACAUGCACUCCAACGCUGCCCACACGCCCUUUGUUAAGACGAACGCUCUGCCAACCGAACCCUCGAUUGUCAACAGCGCCACCUCAAGUCCGGCAAUGUCCUCGGCGACCGCACUUGCCAGUAACGGAGGAGCCAAGGUCACGGACGAGCUUACCUACGCCAGCAUGAUUCGACUGAUUCUGGAACUGACUGGAUCUUUGGCCCACACGGAUUUGGUCACACAUACCCUGACGGACCUCAAGCGACUCAUGACCUCUGAGAACAUGAGGAUCCUAUGGGAGGCUGGUUGGGUGAACUGGGUAGGCGCGUUCUUGACGGACAAGACCAGGGUCCGAGUCACCUCCGCGGCCGAGAACCUGAGCUAUAACCGGGCGAUUGGAGUCCUGGACGGGAUGAUGCAGAAGAUGAUGAUCUUUGACCUGUCGAGGAAAGGGUCCAUCACCGUCCGGAAUAAGGGAACGCUUGUCAGUCGGGACGAGGAUGUCGGAGUCCAGCUCCGGCUAACCGAGGCAGCAUUGUCGUGGUUCGACAAGAAUCCUAAUCUCGAGACGGAUGCGGCUACCGUGAUCUGCAAGGGUCUUGUGAUCUUGUUCCGACGCGUUGAGGAGCUGUCGCGCAAGUUCGAGGAGAAGCAGCGGCAGGCCGAGAAGGCUCGACAGGAUGGUAUGGAGAGAGACCGAGUAUUGCAGGCUCAAAUCCGGGCUCAGGAGCAAGAACGGGAACGGCUUGCACUGGAAGCUGUCUCGUCUGCACUGAACGGGGUUCUGGACAACUUUGGCGACUCUGACAAGAGUGAUGAGUCGGACGCCAAGUCGGGACUCUUGAAGGCGGAUGAAGGAGAUACGGAUGCCGAGGAAGUCUCUGUCGAACGUCAUGGAGACGAGUCCUCGGGUAGCGAUGUCGCAGAUACCAACCGGAUCGGCAUCCCUGCGCCUCUUUCUGGAUCGACCUCGCCCACCUGCUCCAACACGUCAAGCCUCUCGCUCCCACUGUCGACAAUGUCUGGGACUAUGGCGCAGUCCGGAAUGAACCAGCAGAUCAACUCCCGAGAGAUGUACGAUUCCUUGGGUAUCUCGCCUUCACCUUCAGGCAGUCCCUAUGCCUCACAGCAUCGUCAACAGCGACACCAGCAGCACCAUCAGGGCAACCGCCGACAUCGCCAGUUGCAACAGCAACGACCCACUAGCAUAUCAUCGUCGUCUUUGUCCAACUCUUCGACACCACCUGCGCUCCCAGAUCCUACGGGCGCGGUCUUCUUCCACAACCACGAGCUCACGCUCCAUGGAGGCGGUGGCAUCUUCUGGCCGCCUCUGGGGUUGUACGAGCAUUUCGCUAACUGCGUCAACAACUUGGCGUGCUACAACAACUCUGCGAUCCGUGCUGCGAUGAAAUCAAGCGGGCUGUUCAAGAUCCGCGACAGCUUGCUCGAGAAGCUUGGCAAGCCUGGUGGUGCCUCUGGAGUAACAGGUUCAGGAUUCUUGAGCUCGAAUGGAAUUGGACCUUAUGCAUAUCCACCGUCGUCGUCGUCAUCGUCUCAGCUCCAUCACCACCAUCAUCACCACCAUUCUUCGCCGGCAUUGUUUUCCUAUGGGUCACUGCAAGGCCCACCACUUCUUCACCAGUCCGCGUCAAUGUCGCUGACAACUCACCAGGACUCUGACCACCACCACCACCAUCACAACAUCAACAACAACAAUAACAACAACAACAAUACCAACGCCAACUACACCACAAUCAACUACAACAACUCUCAUAACAGCAUCAAUAAUUCCGCCGCCCACAAUAAUUACAACAUUUCACAACCGCAGGGAACUCCUAAUGGCCACCACCAACAGCAACAGCAGCAGCAGAGAGGUCGCAAGCGUCGUAGUCAAGCCCAUGGUCAGACUGGCCUCGAGUUGGGCGCCAUGCCUCCUAUCAUCUAG